CAAUCUAGCAUUAUCAACAUCAAUGGCAAUAACUGUGCUACGUAUACAUAGUUCUCACGUGAAAGUUUUAAUAUUGCAGUAAAAAUAUAUUGUAUCAAAGGAUUAAAUAUCGUGUUUAAUAAUCAAUGAUUUGCAUAUUUUCUGAAAAUACUUUCUCAAACAAUAUAGGAUAAUGCUUGUACUUAUGUUUAAACUUUGACAUUUGUCUUCGAUCCCAACCUAAUUUUGAUGUAAAUAAAAAUCUAUGGAAAUUUAUAUAAUUUAAUAAAAAACUACAAUAUCAUACAAAUUUUGCCAAAAUGUUCAAAAAAUUUAAAGAUAAACUCGCGGAAGAAAUGAAACAAUCGCCUGCCAGAUUACAGGCAAGCAUGCAACAACUAGCACAGGCGGUAGUAUCUCCUGCUUUGUCUAACAGUUCAGUACAAGAAUUAUCUGUAUCUAAUGACAAUUUUAGUUUAACGGAAGAAGGAGAUGAAACUCCCAAAAAUAGUCCUGCAAAACAUGGUUUUCAAAAUGUAGAUUUAAUGUCACCUACGUCAAAUUCUAUAGGUGUUUCAAGAAGAUCAUCAGUUAGCAGUAUUACUAGUGAUACUUCUUCUCUUUUUCCAAUUUAUGAAAGCCCUGCUAAUUUGUAUCAUUUACAGUCUGAUAUGGACCAAUCUGCUAGUGAGAUAGAUGAAAAUAUAAAUCCACAAUUAGAUAAAAUUUCAAAAGAUCAAAUAUAUUCAGCAUAUCGGAAAGUGCAAGCAAAAUACCACAAAUAUCGUGGAAGAUAUACAGAUUUAGCAACACAUUAUAAAGAAUUGGAAAGGGUAAAAGGCAAGUUAGAAUCAGUCUUAGUAGAAACCCAAGAUAAAGUAUUAAGAAGAAUAGCUGACUUAAAAGAACAGUGUCAGUUAGAACAACAGGCCAAAGCUCAUUUGGAAGAAGCAUUGAGAAAUGACAUUGAAGAAAAAGAUCACAUAAUAAAUACAUUAAAUACAAAGAUUAAACUUUUACAAACGACUGGACCAAACUUAGAAUCUACUUUACCAGAUACUACUAAUGAUAAAGGAAAUUUAAAAGAUAAUCUCAUUGACCUAAGUACUGGAUCAUCAAUUAGUUCUGAAGAAAAUGCUUUGGUAAUGGAAAAUACACAAUUAAAAGAUAAACUAAAAAAAUUGGAAAAUGUUGUUUUGAAGUAUAAAGAAUCUUUGAAACGAAAUAAAGAAAAAUUUUCUGAAAUAUUAACAGAAAAAAAUAUAUUAGAGUCUCAGUAUGAAACAUUAAAAAAUUCCUAUACAGAAAAGGAAAAGGAGUUAAGUUAUGCAUCUACAGAAAUUAAAAGUUUAACAGAUCAAAUGAUUAUUUUAAAAAAACGCGAGGAAGAGUCUGUAAUAUCCUUAGCUGAAAAUAAACUUUCGAUACACAGAGAAUUAGAAGAUAAAGAAGAACAAAUCAAAAAGCUACAAUUGGAUUUGAAGCAUGUGACAGAAUAUAAAGAGAAUCUAAGUGAAAUUGUUAAUAAAUAUAAAGCUGAAGUGGAAGAACUAAAAUUAUCACAUAGUACUCAAAAUUCAGAUUCAGAAAAAAAAGAAAUUGUACAAGAUGUAACAAAUGAAAAAUCAGAAGCUUUAAAACCAGUACAGCAAGAAAUGCAGCAAUUAUUAAAUGAUCUAGAUGAAAAAGUGGGCUCAAAACAUCAUGGAGAAGAUUGUAAUAAAGAAAACAUAGAAAAAACUACAAAAGUGCAUGAUACUGAAAUAUAUCAAAAUAUAAAGUUUGAAUUAAAUGAAAAGGAAAUUGAACUUCAAGAGACAAGAAAUAAAUUAGAAGAAUUGCAAAAGAUUACUAAAGAAUAUCAAAUACAUAAAGAAGAGCUACAUAUGGAAUUUUCAAAUUACAAAUUAAAAUAUACAGAGCUUCAAAAUGAACAAAAUGCACAUAAAAUUGUUGCUGAAGAAAAAAGGAAAGAAGCAGAAGCAACAAUUGAAAAAUUACAAGCUACCAUACAAAGUCUUGAUAAAGAAUUAGAAAAUAUGAGAAAUGCUUUAAUUGAUAGAGAUAAAGUAUGUGAAAAUUACAAUGCUAAAGUUCAUGAAUAUAAAACAAUGCUUGAAAACAUGAAAGAAAGAUUAUUGAGUCAGGAGGCGGAAAUGAAAAUUCUUAAAGAAAAAGUACAAGAUAAUACAGAGAUCAUUACAUUGAACAAUGAGUUAGAAAUAAAAAAUACUGAGUUAUUAGGAGUAUGUACACAACUUCAAUCCUGUAAAUCUACUAUCUCUGAUCUUAAAAAUAGACUUCAAACAGAUAGUUCUAAUAUUACUUCACUUCACAAAGAGAAAAAUAAUUUAAUUAAAAAUAUUUUAAAUUAUAAAAUUUCUACUAAAAAAUUAAAGGAAGAUAACAUCUAUAUUAAAAGCAAUACAGUGAAAUGCUUCAUGGAGAUUAACAAUGAAAUUUCUGUCUUAAAGAAUGGAUUUGAUGCUUUUCUAAAAGCAAAUAAUAUUAUUCAGAAUAGUGUAAAUUUGCAAAUUAAAAAUUUCCAAACUAAAUUACAGGAAUUUGAAGAACUUGAACAAAAAUAUAAUCAAUUACAAACCGAAUUAAAAGAUACUAUAUGUCUUAAAUCUAAUUUGGAAAUAAGUUUGGAAAAUUAUAACAAACAACUAAAUGAGAUGUCCAUGAAAUUGGAGCAACAAUGCGAAGUUGAUACAAAAAAUCGUAAACUUAUAGCUGAGAUAGAUAAUCUCAAUUUCAAAUUAUAUGACUUACGAAAUUUACCUGAACAAGUGAAAUUAUUAAUGAUAGAAUCUAAAUCUUUGCAGGAAGAACUUAACAAUGUUAAUGAUAUGAAUCAAUUACUUUCAAAUGAAAUAUCUGAUUUGAAAGUACAACUUGAAGAAGCAAAUGGUAAUACAAAAAAAUUACAGGAAUUAGAACAGAAAUAUGUAGAAGCAACAAAAAUUGCUACGUUAUUAAAAUCUGAAAACCUUAAUUCCAAUAAAUUAGAAGAAAAAAUAAACACUUUAGAAUCAGAAAUAAAAGUUUUAAAUGAAAAUUUGUCUGAAAAAGAUAAAAAAAUAAGUACCUUAAAUGAAGAAUUAGGAAAUAAAGAAAGUUUUUUAGUUGAUUUAAAAGUCAAAGAUGAAAAAUAUGAAAAUGAAAUCAUUCAGCUUACAAAGUCAAAUGAAACUCUACAGCAAAAAAUACAAACAAAAAUCCAGCAAUUAACGAAGUUAAAAACUAUUAAACAAAAACAAGAUACCACUAUUCAAAAAUUAAAUGACGAAAUUAAUGAAGUAAAAACUUUAAAUGCAGAAUUAUUAGAACAGUUAAAAACAUCAGAAAAUGAAGUAAAUAUAUUAAAAUCUGAAAACUGUCAAAUAGUAACAUUAAAAGAUAAUAAUGCAGCAAUCAUUACUGAAUUAGAAAAGCUAAAAUUAAUUCAUAAUGAAACCAAUUUGGAAAAUAAGAAUCUAAAAGAUAAGCAAAACGAAUUUCUAAAACAUAAUCAAGAAUUAAAUGAAUCUAAUGAAAACUUAAAACAAAAAGUUGUAAAUUAUGACAAACACAAUCAACAAUUACUAACUGAAAAUACACAAUUAGGAAAAGAAAUUGAAUCAUACAAAAAUCGGUUAAAUGAAAGCAUAUUAUUAAAUACGGAAUUACAAUUUAACAAUAAGGAACUGAAUUUUCAACUUGAAGAAUUAACUUCAUCUAAGAAAAAAGUAGAAGAAAUUGAAGAACAUCUUACAAAGGAAAAUGCAAGUUUACAUAAUGAAGUAGAUAAAUUAAAUUUGUUGUUAGAGAAUAAUAAUAAUGUGGAAGAAAAAAAUAAAGAACUACUAAUGAAUUUAGAACUUUUGGACAAGGAAGUUGCAAGAUUAAAAAAUAUUGAAGAGGAAAUUAAUAGCUUAAGAUUAGAAAUAAAUGGCUUAAAUAAAGUAAAAAGUGAUUUAGAAGAAAAGCAAUUACAAAGCAGUGAAUUAAUUACUGAAAAUUUAUCUUUAAAAAAUAGAAUUAUAGAAUUAGAAAAUAUAAAUACGAAAUUUCAAUCUUAUGUAAAUAAUUUAGAAUCUAAGGUUUCCAGUUUAGAUCAAACAGAAUGUAAGAAUAUUGAAUUAAAAAAUGAAGUUGAUAUAUUAAAAUCUACAAAUAUGGAAUUAUUAUCUCAAAUAAAGAAUAAAGAUGUAGUAGAAGAACGAUUAACAACGGAAAUAGAUGAAUUAAAACUUAUAGUAGAUGAAAAAGUGGCAGAGUUAAAAUUACUAGAUACUAAAAAUAUGGAAUUGUUGAAAGAAAUUGAAAGGUUAAAAUCUUCAUCAGUGGAAGAGGAAGUAGCAAUAGAAACAGACAAAUCAACAACUACUGUUGAAGAUUUUAAAAAAUUACAAAAUGAAAUAAAGGUUCUUAGAGAAACAAAUACUGCACUAAAUGAAAAAGUAAAAAGUAUAAGUAGUAGUGAAAUAGUACAUGAGUUUUCUACUAAAAAUAAUGACAAAUUGGAAGAAAAAAAUAAAAAAUUAGAAGCACAACUAGAUGAAGCAUUAAUAACAUUCCAAGCAAAAGAACUGGAAAUGCAUUUCGUUAGUAAUGAAUUAAAAAAUCAAGUAGAUACUUUGAAACAAGAAUUAAAAACAAACGAGGAAGAGCAAAGCAUGAGAUUAAAACAACUAGUUAAGGAAUUUCAAGCACAGUUACAUGAUAAGGAAGAAGAGUUACAUGCUGCAUUAGAAAGACGAUUCGAUCGUCAGCAAAAUUAUGAAUCAAAUCUUAUUCAACAAUAUAAAGAGCAAUUAAAAGAUUUCCAAAUAGAAUUAACAGCCAAAUCUGAGCAAAUUGAGAAUCUAAUUUUAGAAAAUAAAAAUUUAAUGUCACAAAAAGCAAAAGAUAUAAACCAGUUAGUGGAAAAAAUUACAAUAAUGAAAAAAGAACAUGUAGAUGAAAUUAAAGAAAUAGAAAAGAAAUGGAAAUCAAUUGUGCAACAGAAAACUGACAAGUUGGAAGCAAAACACGAAGAAGAGAUUAAUGAAUUAACACAGGAAUGGCGAAAUGAAAGGAGGCCUGAUAUGCAAACUGAUUUAAUUAACAAGGAAUUAGAGAGCACUUCACGAGUUGCAAUGGCAGCUGUACAAUCAAAUACUGGUUCUUUUCACACUCUUCAACAAACCCUAACAGCACAGAGACGAGAAUUAGCAGAACUUAGAAAAUUAAUGAAGUUAAGGCAUGAUACACUAGAAGAUUCAACAGAGAUUGAAUAUCUUAGAAACAUUUUAUUUGAAUACAUGAUGGGAAGAGAAACAAUGGUGCUUGCUAGAGUGAUCGCUGCAGUUGUCAAAUUUGAUCAAGAACAAACAGCAAAAGUACUUAAGAAAGAAGAAGAUAAAAUGACAUUGCUUGGUUCUCUAGGUCUCACAUAGUGCAAAAUUCUGUAUAUUUAAAAAUUGUGUAAGUACUUUUGUAUAUUAGAUUGUAAGUAUCUUGUAUUUAUUUAUGGAAUAUGUAUUUUAAAAAGAUGACUAUUAUUCUGCCAAUAUAUGAUAUAUAAUAUGUAGAAAAUAUAUACUGUAAAAAGCUUGACACAAUUUACAGGUAGAAGCAAUUUUAGAUGUGAUUACCUUGCUUCCUAAUAUAUAUAUAUAUUCUAUGAUACAAAAAUUAUAAAUAUUAGCUGUUCAUCUAUAAGCAUGCCACUAUCUAUUAACUUUUAUAACCGUUUAUAAAUUUAUUAAUAGAAUAAAAAUUUACUGUUAUAAAGUUGUCA